AGAGGAGAGAGAGAGAGAGAGGAGAGCCGCGCGCCCCCGCCCCGCGCGCCCCCGCGGCCGCCGGAGCUCCCCUCCCGAGCCCUGAGCGCUGGCGCUGCCGGGCCUGCGCCGCCGUCCCAGUGCUCCCGCCCCCGGAGGAGGCGAGGCCCGGCGUCAACCGACUCGCCGGAGCGGCCCGGGAGGCGCGAAGGCGCCAGGCGGAGCAGCCUCGGGAGGGAGAGGAUGCCUCGACUCCCCGGCAGCGCGGCGCUCCCCCUCUGCGUGGUGCUGCUGACCGCGCUGCUGGCCGCGGUGCGAGCGCUCCCCCUGCGGAAGCCGCGGGGCCCCGGCUGGAGCCACGUGAGGCUGGCGGAGGUCUCGGCCUCCCCAGACCCCAGCUCUCCUAGAGAAGAGGAGCCCCCUCUGCUCUCCAGAGCCCACCUCCAGGCAGGGCUGCGCCGACACAGACGCUGGGCUCUCACUGAGCCAGCAGCCCUGACCCUGGACAAGACCUCCUUGCCCGGGACCCUGGAGGACGCUCCCUUGCUGCUGGAGCUGCAGAAGCUGCCGGGAUUGGCCAACACAGACUUGAGUGCCCCAAACCCCAAUAUCCAGGUGACCAUCGAAGUGGUGGAGGACCCCCAGGCUGAGGUGGAGAUGGACCUGCUGGCUGAGCCUAGCAAUCGCUGGUCCCAGGGGGCCCCCAGCUGGCUGCCGGCCAAGGAACUCUUCUGGCCCCUAUUCUGGGGCUACCUGGAGGGCGAGGAAGGGAGGCCCGGUCUCAAGGGCAGAGCCGCGGGGGAAGAGGAGGAUUACCCUCCAGAGUACCGUGAGAGUGAGGACCAAGAGGACCACGACGAGGAAGACGACGAGGACCAAGAGCAUGGGUUCAGUGGGGCCGCAGGAGGCUGGGAGCGGGGCUGGCUGUCCCCCGGGGACCGGGCCUUCAAGGAGCCUGAUAGCUCCGGCGCUGAGGACAAGGACCCCUUGGGCUUCCCCAGUGAGGGGUGGCGGCCCCUGGCCCACAAUUCUACGGACAUGCUCAGCCCAGAUGUGGACAGCUGUGAGAAGUGGCUGAACUGCAAGAGUGACUUCCUAGCCAAGUACCUGAGCCAGGUGCUGCGGGACCUGCCCAGCUGCCCGUGUGCGUACCCGCUGGAGGCCGUGUCCAGCGCCGUGAGCCUGCAGGACGAGCACCAGGGCCGCAGCUUCCGGUGGAGGGACGCCAGCGGCCCACGCGAGCGCCUGGACGUGUACCAGCCCACGGCCCGCUUCUGCCUGCGCUCUCUGCUGUCCGGGGAGAGCAGCACGCUGGCCGCCCAGCACUGCUGCUACGACGCGGGCAGCCGGCUGCUGACCCGAGGCAAGGGCGCCGGCGCGCCCGACCUCGUCAGCACCGACUUCUCGCCCGAGCUGCACUUCAAGGUGGACACGCUGCCCUGGAUCCUGUGUAAGGGGGACUGGAGCCGCUACCACGCCGUGCGGCCCCCGAACAAUGGCCGGGCCUGCACGGACAACCCCCCCGAGGAGGAAUACCUGGCGCAGUUGCAGGAGGCCAAGGAGUUCUAAUGAGGGCUGCUGUGCUGGAGAACUUUCCUCACGGGCCGCUCACCCUGCCUGGCCCAGACCUGGUGAGGCCAGUCUGGUGCCUCGAGCCCUCUGCCUUUGAACCUGAGGCGGGGAGGUCAGCACCCCAGGUGUUGGUGUGGGGUUGGGGAAAAGGUUGAAGAGUGUAAAAGGCCCAGGGUGAGAGGAGGGAGCUCAGCUCCCAAGGCCCCCGGAGCUGCCCCGAGAUGCGUAGCUGUGGCGGCCUUACCUCUUGCCCGCUGGGAGGCGCUGUCGCAGCCUGGACACCCAUUGUCCUCCUUCUCCCUCUGUGCUCAGGUGUGUGCCCGGCUCUCCACACACCCUGAUUCCCGGGACCUGCAGUGAGUCACUUAGAGCCCCAGCCGUGAGGGCCAGUCUCGUCAUCCCGGCCCGCGGGCCAGCAGCCAACCAGCCCUGGGCCAGCAGCCCUCCUUAGCGCUGAGCGGUCGCACGUGGCCCACUUGCCCACCCCCUCAGCCCCGAGCGGCCUUUCAUUGGACACCACUUCAGUCUAGGGCUGAAGGCCAUCAGUGGGACCGUAAGUGGAUAGACAGGCCGUGGCAGCCAAGACAAGGCAGGAUCCAGGUGCAGAACGGAUCAGUGAAUGCUGGUCCCUUUGUCCAGCUCACCUCUGUUCUGUCCGGGUUGUAGGAAUGUGUGGGGCUGGGAGAUCACAGCGCCCUGAAUGAGCACAGUGGCCAGGCUUGGGGUGGGUUCAGAACCAGCCCAGAAGGAUGAGUCAUGUGCAGGGUGAGCUGGUAAAUCAGCUCUCCCGGCGGGGUGGCAGGGGGACAGCCUCAAUUUGUAGCAUUUGGGCAAUUUCUGUGGUGUAAACGUUCCCACUGUGGCCCACUUCAGGCUCCCAAGGUGAUGUCGCUGAACACACUGAGCUCAGAGUUGGGAAGAGAUGCCUAUGAUCAGCUCUCCCAGCACACCUCGUGCCUCUUCCCUGCCUCCCCUCAGCCCUCGUCUCCCCCUUCCCUAUGCAACCACACCUUCUUGCCUUCUGCGGGGUUGAAGUGCUGAUAUCCCAACUGUCUCUGUUCAUAAAAGCCUCCCAAAGUAGGGAACUUCAGUCCUAGCCCCUAGGCAGCUGCCCUGAAACUCUCUGGGAACCUCAGCAAUAAAGCACUUUAUUUUCAAAUUCUGUCUGAUGAAGAAUUUGGAGCCCCAGCAGAGCAGAGGGGUGUAGGGAGCCCUUGCUUACAGUCCAAGCCAAGCUCCCCUGGACUGCGUUUGUGAUUACCUAACCCUGCUAGGCAGGCAGAGCUCCGGGGUGCAGAGUUUAGUUUAGACUAAACAUCAGUUAGGUAAUCUUUACUUGGUUAUCUUUACUCAAACUCGUAAAGGGUUACCUAGGAGGCAGGGAAGAGCUAGCAGGACCUUAGGGGCACAUUCACUCCAAGUCCUUUGGUCAGAUAGAUCAAUUGCAUUUACACCAGAGGAAGUGACCCCCACUUCCCCAAGCAACUUGCUGCAAGGGGAUCCAAUGCAGAGUUGUCCCAAGAAUUACACCUAUGAGAGACCCCUACCUUAGUUGGUACCCUUACCACACACUCCACUGUUACUUCUGGCAUUUGGGGAAGUCACAUCAGGAAGCAGAAUGAGACAAGGUGUGUUCAGAGCCACUACCCGGAGAAACUCAAAAAGCCAGAUAUUUCCAAUUACAUCACACCUAGAGGGAGGCUUAUUAGUCUGGUCCGGGAUCACCGUCUAACAGCACUCUGGUGCAACUAGAAUAUUACAGGGUCAGAGAGGCCAGGAUCUCGGGUCGCUAGGUGGAAGCCAAGUUCCCUUCCCCGUCUCUUGUCUGGGGAAUUCAAUACGAUUAGCACAGGAAUGUUUCAAUUAUGUUUUAGCUGAAACUUAAAAAAAAUAAAUAACACGAUAGAGAUAUCCCAGAGUCUGUUUUCACAGGAAACGGCUAAUUCCCCUCCUUUCUAAUAUAAUUUACCUUGACACUUAAACACAGUCUAAAUUUAAUCUAUACCUAAUGCUUUGUCUAUUACCCAGACUGAACUUAACCAGCCCCAUUUUUAAUCCAAGUGACAUGCUAAAUUGCUACCACGUCAGGCCACAGGUGAGAGAAACUAAAGAAAAGGGGGCUGAAAAGGAGCCUUGAAGGGGCUGGGGCAUUGAUCAGCUAUAAAAUGGUGUUUAUUCAAACUGUACAAAGGAGAAAGAGAUGCUGUGCAGGUGGCUGCCGGCUUAGGGAACACCUGUGUGUGAGCAGAAAGAAUCACAGAGGGGUCACUGACCCUGUUAAAGGGAGAUUUCAGGAGCCGCUGGUAUCAGAGCCAGGAGAGGCCCAUGAAAUCAGAGAGGACCCUCCCCCGCUCUGGUCCAGUGUAGGCCGUCCUGGCUCACCUGGCUGUUCUUCCCAUCCCGGACACCAGGAGCCAUCCGUGGCUACGCAUCCAGCACGAACACCACAGCUGUUUCUAACUUAGCUGCCCCAGCCACCUGGAUGUUUGUUUUUGCCCCAUUUUUCCUCCUCUGGGUUACCUCGUAAAAGGUUCUAGGCUAGGCAAGACUGGUCACGUUGAGAGCUUCCCCAGUGGUGCAGUGGUUAAGAAUCCGCCUGCCGAUGCAGGGGACAUGGGUUCAAGCCCUGGUCCAGGAAGAUCCCAC